AUGGCUAUUCCCGAUAUCACUCUGGUAUGGCUCCAAGAGGUAACACACUGCCUAAUGGUAAUCGAGGUUAAGGGCCACCCAAUCAAGGUCUUGGUUUGUUUCCCCCCUUCCAAUUAUUUGCCAAAAGUUUGGCUUGCAGAGCACAGUAGGGGUUUUUUCCAACUCAACAUGGGCUCUCAUCUUCGUCAGGUCAUCACUCAAGCUUUCAUGGCGUUCCAUACAUAUCCUGACCAAGCAAUAAUUUAUCACUCCCUUAUUAUUGGGGUGUACUUUUCAUUGUUUGAGUUUAAGCGUCCAGAAGAGCUGGAACAACUCCCUACAGGUGCAGGUGGUGUUGUCACUGCAUUAACUUCAGAACUUGGAUGUAACAUCAGACUAAAAGCAAGUCAGGCCCUAGAGGGAGAAAACGAGUUGGACGACUUUUACCAAUCCUACAGCUCUAGUGAGAUGGAUUUAUCCCAGUCAGAGGUAGACUCUGAGGCUGGGGACCCAUCAUAUACACCGAGUGAUCCAUGA